CAAACCCAAACAAGCACGUGUGAGGGAAAUCGAGUUUCAGGAAGCCUAGAAGGGUCUCUCUUUUAAUUAAAGGAUUUAUUGAUGUGCAUCAGUUUGUGAUUCCAGAUGUGACUGGUGUGUCAUGUAUGCUAAAUACAAGAAAGAUCUAACAGACAAAACAUCCUUGGAGCCGAGUGGUCAUGGACAGGCAGGGCCUUGUCAUCGUAAUGACGUCAGUGAUGAUGUUAAGAAGGUUGUCACAGACUGCUGGGUGGAGGUUGGUCGUCAGAUGAAACAGCAUGAUGAGCUCCGCCCACAACCUGUCACUCACAAUCUGCCCGCCCCCGGAGGAUGGAAGAGUGUGCACCUCUUCGUGUCAUCAACAUUCACUGACUUCUUCAGUGAGAGGGAGAUUCUUGUCAAAAAGGUGUUUCCUGAGCUUCGUGAAUGGUGCAGUGAAAGACGAGUGAAACUGAUCGAGGUGGAUUUACGAUGGGGAAUCCCAUCUGAUUCUACAUCAGGGGAGACAAUCGCCAUCUGCUUGGAAGAGCUGGACAACUGUCAUGCAUCCAGUGAAGGUGAACCAUUCUUUCUCAACAUGCUCGGAGAAAGAUAUGGCUGGAUGCCUGACAAAAAUGUGGUUCCAUUAGAAGUGCAGAAGAAGUACAGCUGGAUUCUGGGCUCCUCCAUUACGUUCAUGGAAAUAAUGCAUGGAGCUUUGAGAUCCCGGAAUCGGAAUGCAGUAUUCUUUUUCCGAGAUCCUUCAUUCUUGUCAGAUCUUCCUGACGAAUACCAUCCGAAGUUUGAAGAUGUAGAUUCAUUAUGUAGAGAACACCUCCGUGUUUUAAAGUCAAAGUUAAAGGAGAUUUUCCCGGCCAACACAUUUGAUUAUACAGCUACCUAUGGUGGUAUAGAUGCCUCUACAGGUCGAAAUAUGGUGCAGAUCACAGAUCUUGACGAUUUUGCCAACAAGUGUUUGGCAUUCUUCAAAACAGCAAUAGAGAAAAAAUAUCCUGACCAGCAGGAUAUUACAAACUAUAAAGAAACAGAUCAGGAGAAAGAGCUACAGACGAUAUUUAUCACACAGAAGGCUGACCUCGUGAUUGGUCGGGAUGAUGAUAUACAGGUCUUGAUGAACUACAUAACAGGAGCUGACUCGGACAAGCUUGAUAAAAUAGCCAAAGCAGAGACAACAAUAAGAGAGAAAGGCCAAGCCUGGGAGCUGUGUGAUGAUGAUAAUCUUGUUUGUGUGGUGGAGGGUCGAAGUGGAUGGGGAAAAACAUCUCUCCUGUCUCGCUUUGUCAUUGAAACCAACACAAAAAUGCCUGAUUUAUUUUUCCAUUUUUGUGGAAGCACGGCCCGAAGUUACAGUGAACAUGAACUGCUGAAGUCAAUGAUAGAGUUUUUAUCACCAGAUCUUUCAGAUGAUGAGCUGAAGUUGUUGAAAGGUUCUACUGAAGAACAGAUAGAUCUGCUUAACACCGUUCUCGUCAGAUUCCGACAGUGUGAGAGAAACGCCAUCAUUGUUGUUGAUGCUGUCAAUGAGUUGAAUACCAAAAACUCAAUCAGUCAUCUUGCCUGGCUUCCACCGAGCAUUCCGAAGAAUCUCCGGAUGGUGGUGAGUUGUAACGAACACGCUGUGACGUUAGCCAGACUACGAGAACACCCAGCCUACUGGUUCAAACUGGCACCACUCAGCCCAGAGAGUCUGAAGAACAUAGCAAUCAAGUAUCUGGGCAAUUUCAAAAAGAAGUUGGAUGAGCAGCAGCUGUCAUGCCUGAUGACUCGGAGCCAGGUGGACGGGCCGCUGUGGAUGACGUUGAUGUGUGAGGAGCUGCGGGUGUUCGGAGACUUCAGGACGAUCAACAAGAAGAUUGAAGAGAUGCCCGACAGCCUGGACGGAUUGUUUGGUGUCAUUCUGCUCCGUCUGCAGGCUGAGGAUGACACGGGAUGUAUCAAGAAGGCUCUCUGUUCUAUGGCGUCUUCUGAGGCAGGUAUUCUGUCAUCGGACAUUCUGAAGGUCCUUGGAGACACAGAAAAGAAAGAGUUCGCCCCGGCUCUGCACUGGGCCCAGGCCAGAAGACACCUCAAACCUUACAUUCGGGUGACAGGCUUUCCUGAAGAAUACGUCACAUUUUACCAUGAAGCCAUCUGGAAGGCUGUCAGAAAAAAUCUUUUGUCGACACCCGAGGAAGACCGGACGUGGCAGCGCCAUCUAGCCAAUUACUACCAAUAUUGGUGUGACAAGCCCUACAUGAAGGCUAAUUAUCUCCCCUUACAUUUAAAGAGGGCAGGAGAAAAUGAACGUCUGAUUGAGUAUCUCCGUAAUGAUGCUAAUUCCAUGAUGAUGGCUCCAUUCCAACGCAGCAGAUAUUUUCAGGAUCUGCGAUGCUUCCGCCUAGCAGACAAAGUGAUGUCGAUGACGCAGGACGUGAAGAUAUGCUGGAUGUGUUGUAAAAGGAUGCGAGCGUUCAACCCAGGCAACAUGAACCUAGCUGAGCACAGCUGCGUCAUUUGUGCCGCUCACUGUUUUUCUUUUGGCAACCGUCAGACCGGCCGAAUCUGUUCAUUCCAUGCCAUGAAAUUCAGAAAUUCAUGCUUUUUAUGUAACCACUACAUAUUUCCAAAUGAUACUAAGGCUAUAGCAGGCAAACUGUGUAAUGGAUGUGCGUUUGGAGUUAAUGGGAAAAAGUGUGUGAUGAUUAAUGUUAAUUAGGGUAAUAAUAAACGGUCCACUGUAAAAUUCUGUAGCCAAAUCAGUCGGGUUCAGAUUUCAUACAAAUAGUCUCCAAACUUUAAUAUUUGUGUGAUAAAAUAUGUUGAAGAAAGUAACGCAUACUAUAGUCCGUUCCACAGGGAACACAUUUUUUCAAUACUAUGGAAUUUACUACAAGUUAUUUAUUUCUGAGCCAAUUGUUUUCUAAAUUGGACACAAAAAUAGUAUGUUUUUGUUAUUUUCAAAACAUGUUUACUUUUCUUUUUAGUUUUUUCUUGCCUUCUGCUUAAUUCAUGUUACUUCUUGACUGACUACUGUACAAAUUACUAGACAGUUAAGUACACCAGUACUUGUAAUAAGGUUUCAUGCUGGCAGUUUUAACUUAUUGACAGACUUGAAGUUUGAAUAGUGUAAAGGUUGUAAAAGGUUAAAUACUAGUAUAUUAAUUUGUGUGGUGAAGAAGAUACCUAAAGCACAGUGUACUCAUUAUGUAAAACGUAAACAAAAUACUAUUGGCUGUAUUCCAACCUUAUAGAAUGUUUGCUUCUUUUUUUCAACAUGAUAUAUUUUUAAAAAGUACUCACCAAUAAAAUGAUUGACAGACUGACUGACUGCAAAAAUGGUGAUUUAGUUUACAGCACUGGGCCCAGUUUCAGAAAACAUCGUAAGCCUAGUGAAACUACAAUUCUUAUUACUGUUACAGUUCAACAAAUAUAGUUUGAAGAACACAUAUUUCAAUUUCUUUUGUUCUUAAAAUACUCCAGCUUCCUUAAUGGUGUAACUUUCUGCGUGAAAUAGAUGCCAAACACAAGUAAACGCACGGGCGGUAUAACUGCUAGUAGCAGACGUAAACUUAUGAUGUUUAGUCCAAGGGUGGAAACAUUUGAGGGAGGGGACCAAGGGCAAAGGGCACAUAGAGCAACUACCUGAAAAGGCCACUUCAAUGAAAAUUGUAAAUAAAUUGUUAAAAUUUAUGGGCACUUUUAUUUUUUAGGGGGAGGGACAGGUCCCCCUGGUCCCCACCCUUGGAUCUGCCCUUGGGAUACCGGGUCAGUACCCAGGAGAGUUUGAUGGGUGCAUAUGCAUCCCCAACAGAUAUAAUAUUACUAGUAUUAGGUCCAUUUUGGUUCAAUUAAAUUUUUUGUUGUAAUUUAUGUCAUUAUAGAUCCUCUCCCUCCCCCCCAAAAAAUGCACUCUUGUGCACUCCCGCCUAGGAAAUCCUAAAUACCAACAAGUGCCUGCAGACUCUAUAAUCGACCGUUUGUUUAAGGAUUGCCUUUGUUCCAGAUUUAAUAUAUAUAAUAUGUAUAUGUGGGUUUCUUUUUACAUACUUGUACUUGUAAUAUUUUAUCAUGCAGUGGACGUUUUAAAGACAUUUAAAUAUGUACAUAAACAGUAGGAUAUUCUAUUAUUUAUAUUUUCAUUGAUCUAUGGGUUGAUUAGACCACCCUUUUAUCUGUUUUGAAUAUUGAGAUUUUUAUACAUAUCAUUCUGUUUUCCAUGUGAUGUGCUAAACAAAAAUGAUUAUAAAUACGUACCUCAUUUGCUGAAAUAAAAGCUGCAAUCUUGAAUAUAUUUUUUAAUAUUUAAGUAAUUAAAAUAAAUGAUCCAGUUUAUUGUAUUUCCUAGUAUGUGUAAUGUUUGCUGUUGGUUCUCUAAUCAAGUUCAUAUCAACAGUUAAAGGUACUUUGCCAUCAAAAUAGUUUGCACAAUAUUUCUGCUAAAUUCUUAGAGAUGCUUGCUUGGAAUAUUAUUGUAUGCAUACUAGUGUGUGCAUUCAAAUGUCCCUUUGUUCAUGUAAUGGAGAAUGUACGAGGAGGUGUAUAUUUGUGAAAAAAUAAUUCACGAGCCCCAUAGGAGCGAGUUCAUUUAAAAAUUGUUUAUGAAUCUACACUUCCAAGUGCAUUCUCCGAUUUAAUCCAUUAUUCAUUAAACUGCUAAAUUAACUUCUAUUUGAUGUUUUUGUAAUUAAAAUGGCAAAGAAUAUUUACCAAACUAAUAACCCAAAACGAUAGGAUCCUUUAGAACCUAACCUGAACAAUUUGGUCAGGAAAUCCUCAGCAGUGGAUGGCUGAAUGACAUUAAGCAUGAUGUAUGUGCUAAAUGUGUAAUCUCUCUUUACAGAUUUAGUUUCCGACAAUCUCACCAUUUAUAAGACUUAAAUUACAUGUUUAUUUGAUGAUGCAGAUGUUUGCAAUCAUUGUACUUGUUCAGAUUGCAUUGUUUCACAGGCGUAGAUUCUUGAAAAAUAAUCUCCACCUAGAACAAUAGUUUGACAUCACAGAUAUGGAUUAAGGAAGCUGUAAAAAGGUUUUUGGCACCUGUAAUGGAUUACUCCAUAAAGUGGCAGUCCUCCUACAGGCUGAAUUUGGAACCAUAUACCAUGGUCAAGAACAGCUCUGUAGACAAAGCACCUGAUAGCCAUGGCAUUAUACACUCAUGGCUCUAUGAUAACAUCUUUUGGAAUCAGUCCUGUGUAGAGCUGCCAUUAUGAAUAUGCUAAUGACAUGCAUAAUUGUCAUGGGUUUUUUUUUACGGCUUCUGCUACACACUUUAAAUUUUGUAUAUAGUUAUGGUGUAUUACUGAUGAGUAGAUUAACGCAGAUUAUCCUCAAUUUUCUCAUAAAAAUACCGUAACUCCUUCCGAGGGCAAAGUGCCUUUAACAGAAACAGAAUCUAUCUGCAUUCUUUUUAAGUAGAACAAUGAAAAGUGAUCGUUUCUGUUAUUGUUAUGUUUGUACAUGUACUGUUAGAUAUUGUUUACUUUAGUUACUAUACAAUAUGUUACUCAUUUCCUGCUCUUACCUGUUACAUUAUAUAUAUUUUACAAUAUAUUUAUGGUAUAUUUAUAGUCUGCACAUUCCUAUGUCACCAGGCAUGUAGCUAAUCGGAGUAAAAGAGACAAGGGCAAUAAAUUCAAAAUUCUGUUUAUUUUUAUUUUGUUUUUUGAUUCAAAUCAGUUUCAUAUUGAGAUAAAUACUUAGUAUCUGUAUUAAAAAUCAAGAAUGGCAACUACAUAAAUUAUUAUAGUUUUGUGAUAUUAGGUAAACAAUGUACUUAAAACAACCAAUCUGGAGCCAAACAAAAAAGAAGCAUGCCAUCACUUCGUGUAGGCCACUAUUUUGUAAUCAGCAGCAAAUGGUCUUUUAAAUUAAACUUUUCACCAAUAGGAUAUCACAGACCAUAACCUUUGAUGUACAUUUGUAGAGUAUUGGUUGAAGUUAAAACAAAAGCAUUUUUUUCUCACGAAAUGGGACACCAUUGCAUCCUUUGUCUCUCAACUAAGAAUAGCUACAAACCUGAAACAAACUUUACUUCGAAAUAUUCUUUUACAAAUGUUAUACUUAAUUUGUAUCUUUGAUAUUUAAUUUAUUUUACAAAGCCUUACAGAUCUCGAAUAAAUUUUAAAAUGAU